AUGGCCGACCGCCAGCUCGAGUCCCAACUAGGACGCGACGACGUCCCUGAGCUCCCUACCCCUGCCGACUUCGCACAGCCCCGCCAUCACUCCGCCUCCGACAGCCCCAGCGCCCCCUCCUCACCAGUCGUCGCCACCCAUGCCCCGAGCUCCUUCCCACCCACCCCCUCCACCGCGCCCAUCGCAGCAGGCCAUCCCCUCCGCGUCGCACAAGGCGCGCGCCCGCGGGAGCACGCAUACAGCCUCGUCCGAGGGACCCUCGCGUCCGACGGCGCGCCGUUCGACCUCGAGAAGAACCUCCGGAACAUCAUCGAGCGCCUCGACGCGUCCGACAUCAAGCGGAGAGAGAUCGGGGUCACUUUCAAGAACCUCCACGUCGUCGGCGUCGGCGCCGCGGCGUCAUACCAGCAGACAUUCGGAUCGGCGCUAAACCCGAUCAAUUUCGUCCGCAACUUCCAGCACGUUCUCCACCCCGCGACCCGCGACAUCCUCUCCGGCUUCGAGGGUGUCGUCCGGCCCGGAGAGAUGCUCCUCGUCCUCGGUCGCCCCGGCUCCGGUUGCUCCACUCUGCUCAAGACGCUCGCCAACCAGCGGCAAGAGUACCACUCCGUCACUGGCGACGUUUGGUACGACUCCCUCACGCCCGAGGAGAUCGAGCACCACUACCGCGGCGACACUCGGACGCCACGCACGCGCAUGGACAAUAUGACACGCGAGGAGUGCAUUUCGCACAUCACUGAGGUCCUCGAGACCGUCUUUGGCCUCCGGCACGUCAAGAACACCCUCGUCGGUGACGCGUCGAUCCGUGGCGUUUCCGGCGGUGAGAAGAAGCGCGUGUCGAUCGCGGAGGCACUUGCCACGCGUAGCCUGCUCAACUGCUGGGACAACUCGACCCGUGGUCUCGACGCUUCGACGGCCCUUGAAUUUGUCCAGGCACUGCGCAUCUCCACAGACAUUGCCCGGCAGUCAACUGUGGUUGCCAUCUACCAGGCUGGCGAACAGCUGUACGAAGUUUUCGACAAGGUGUGCGUCAUCUAUGAGGGCAAGCAAGUCUACUACGGCCCGGCGAACCUAGCCAGGCAGUACUUCAUCGACAUGGGGUAUGAGCCUGCCAACCGGCAAACCACUGCCGAUUUCCUCGUCGCCGUGACCGAUCCCAACGGCCGCAUCAUCCGCGAGGGUUACGAGAACCGCGUCCCGCGCACCGCGGACGAGUUUGUUGCGCACUUCCAGAAGUCCGAAAUCGCAGGCGUGAACCGUGAGGACAUGGACGCCUACCACGCCGCGUUCGUCGGCAAGCCCGAGCGCGCGCGUCACUACCGCGACUCGGUGCGCGCGGAGCAUGCGCGCCAUGCGCCCAAGAAGUCGCCCUAUAUCGUCUCCGUACCCAUGCAGGCGCGCGCGCUCAUGCGCCGACGUGUGCAAAUCCUCCGAGGGGGGAUCGCGGCGCAGGUCAUCAUGCUCGCCUCCUUCGUCCUCCAGGCGAUCAUCGUCGGCACCGUCUUCCUCCGGCUGAACAACACCUCGGUCACCUUUUUCUCACGCGGCGGUGUCAUCUUCUUCGCGCUCCUCUUCGCCGCGCUCUCGACGAUGGCGGAAAUCCCCGCACUCUUCGCGCAGCGGCCGAUCGUGCACCGACAGAGCCGCGCGGCGAUGUACCACCCGUUCGUGGAAGGGCUCGCGCUCACGCUCGUGGACGCGACUGCCGGGCAGUUCUUCAUCUUCUUCCUGUUCUCGUUUACGAACACGGUCACUAUGAAGGCUUGGUUCCGUGCGCUCGCCGCUGCGUUCAAGAGCCCGGCUCCUGCCACCGCCUUCGCCGGUUGA